AUGUUCAAUGCCACACUGGAAGACAUUCGAGAAUUGCACCCGGACACGAUCAAUGAGACGAUUCUGUAUGGUACUUUUGGUGGAGGUGGUUUGUGCCGCAUGUUUCUCCUGGGGAGAGUGUCAAAUUGGUACCCCGUCAUUGGCAGGACCUUGCUCUUCUCAGCCUUGAGGUUAGGCAUGAUGGGCCUGCAGCAGGCCAUUUGUGGCUUGAAACCACUUCCAUAUUGGAUGGCCAAUCCUGAGGCGAGGGUCAGACUUUCCACCGCGAACAUCAACCUGAAGCGUUUGCCCAACUUAGAUGAAGGCCUCAAUGUGCCUGAGAAACUGGGAUUGGGUUCCGAAGUAGCUGGCAUGUUGGGCUUGCUCUGGAUGGGCAUGGUCGAUCGACCCAUUGCCCGGCAAUCCUUCCAUACGGAUGUCCAGGACAAUAUUUUGAUGGAGCUGGUCUCGACCACGGAAGUCACUGUCGUGCCCCGCCAGGUCUUUUGGGGAAAAUCAGAGAUGUCUCAGGUCUCGGGCCAGUAUUACAAUGUCAGCUUAAAGCCUGGCGAAGGCAUUGUCAUUCCAAGCAACUUCCUUCACACGGUGCACCAUUUGCAUAUCGACCGACUAGGAGUGAACUACUUUUUUGAGCCGAAAUUUGGUGCAAUGCAGUGGGCCAACUCGAUUGGGAACUUCUACGCGGAAAAUGCAAAGGAUAAUAAGGAACACUUGGCCAUGAGAGCCUUGUGGUUCAAAUCUGCCAACGUUGUUUGGGAGAGAUAUCAGCGUGGAAUCUCAUUCCAUGGCUGGAAGAUGGAGAUUCUGUAG